AGACAUAUUGUAAAUGGAAUAAAUAACGGCCUGGUGCCAAAUGUGAAAGACAUUAAAGUACAAAACCUGGCAACUUGAAAAACUGAAAGUGGAGAGAGUGAAGAUUGACUCUGGUCGGGGUGUCUCAGCUUCUAGGCCUAGAUGUUUGGUGUCUAGCCAACAGACACAGCUCAAUGACUCUAUCCGUUGGCCGAUGGGGGUGGAAAAAGAAAUUAUAAGUCCUGGAGACGGUGCUACUUAUCCAAAGACAGGUCAAACGGUUGUGAUACACUAUACAGCAUCUUUAGUUGAUGGGCAGAAAAUUGAUUCAUCUCGUGAUAGAGGAAACCCUUUUAAAUUUCGCAUAGGUAAAGGAGAAGUUAUAAAAGGGUGGGAUGAAGGUGUGUCCAAGAUGAGUCUGGGUGAGAGGGCCAGGCUAGUCUGCUCCCCAGAUUUGGCCUAUGGUUCUAGGGGCUAUCCUGGUGUUAUUCCAAAAAAUGCAACCCUGAUUUUUGACAUGGAGCUCUUGAAGAUGGAGUGAGAAGGCCCUGCCUGAUGUCUACACCAAAGAUUGUCACAUAUUUAUUUGAGCCACAUCUAGCCACGUGUUGUCAGAGCUAGCUCAGGUUGCUUCAAGUGGACUUGCUCAUUCAUAGCUAGCACACAAUUGUUCACCCCACGGAUGUUUUCAGUACAACUUUGAAUUGGAUAUUGUGUCAUUUGUGCUAGCAUCUCAUUGGAAUGUUUCAAGUUUCAAAUAUCAGAUGUAUAUCUCACCUGCAUUCUUACUUAUUUUCAGUUUGAUUGUUUCUAUAAUGGAUGUAAAGCUAGUGUCAGAUGCAAUGACAAUGUAAAUAACCUGUCCUAUAGAACGGGGGGGGGGGGGGGGGGCUUUAUUCUAUCCUGUUAUACUGACUGUGUGUUUUUAUAGACUGAUGAGCUCAUUGGUUGGGUCAUAAUGUUGUCAGGUGACUGGGGACUGAUGAGCUCAUUGGUUGGGUCAUAAUGUUGUCAGGUGACUAGACUGAUGAGCUCAUUGGUUGGGUCAUAAUGUUGUCAGGUGACUGUAGACUGAUGAGCUGAUUGGUUGGGUCAUAAUGUUGUCAGGUGACUGUAGACUGAUGAGCUCAUUGGUUGGGUCAUAAUGUUGUCAGGUGACUGUAGACUGAUGAGCUCAUUGGUUGGGUCAUAAUGUUGUCAGGUGACUGAUGAGCUCAUUGGUUGGGUCAUAAUGUUGUCAGGUGACUGGGGACUGAUGAGCUCAUUGGUUGGGUCAUAAUGUUGUCAGGUGACUGUAGACUGAUGAGCUCAUUGGUUGGGUCAUAAUGUUGUCAGGUGACUGGGGACUGAUGAGCUCAUUGGUUGGGUCAUAAUGUUGUCAGGUGACUGAUGAGCUGAUUGGUUGGGUCAUAAUGUUGUCAGGUGACUGGGCUCAGGCAACCUUGAAACUUGUAAGCAGAUAAUUGUCAAGUGAAUUCAUUGCUGAUGACCAGCCUUAGUUGAUGAGUCAGUGAAUGCAACAGUGGACCCCCCUCAUUAUGUGAUAGUCUUUUUUACACUUGUGUCCUCCACCAUAGAUGACAUCUAGGUGGAGCAGAACCCUGCUGCCCUGUUCCACCAUAGAUGACAUCUCAGUGGAGCAGAACCCUGCUGCCCUGUUCCACCAUAGAUGACAUCUAGGUGGAGCAGAACCCUGCUGCCCUGUUCCACCAUAGAUGACAUCUAGGUGGAGCAGAACCCUGCUGCCCUGUUCCACCAUAGAUGACAUCUAGGUGGAGCAGAACCCUGCUGCCCUGCUCCACCAUAGAUGACAUCUCAGUGGAGCAGAACCCUGCUGCCCUGUUCCACCAUAGAUGACAUCUAGGUGGAGCAGAACCCUGCUGCCCUGUUCCACCAUAGAUGACAUCUCAGUGGAGCAGAACCCUGCUGCCCUGUUCCACCAUAGAUGACAUCUAGGUGGAGCAGAACCCUGCUGCCCUGUUCCACCAUAGAUGACAUCUAGGUGGAGCAGAACCCUGCUGCCCUGUUCCACCAUAGAUGACAUCUCAGUGGAGCAGAACCCUGCUGCCCUGUUCCACCAUAGAUGACAUCUCAGUGGAGCAGAACCCUGCUGCCCUGUUCCACCAUAGAUGACAUCUCAGUGGAGCAGAACCCUGCUGCCCUGUUCCACCAUAGAUGACAUCUCAGUGGAGCAGAACCCUGCUGCCCUGUUCCACCAUAGAUGACAUCUCAGUGGAGCAGAACCCUGCUGCCCUGUUCCACCAUAGAUGACAUCUAGGUGGAGCAGAACCCUGCUGCCCUGUUCCACCAUAGAUGACAUCUCAGUGGAGCAGAACCCUGCUGCCCUGUUCCACCAUAGAUGACAUCUCAGUGGAGCAGAACCCUGCUGCCCUGUUCCACCAUAGAUGACAUCUCAGUGGAGCAGAACCCUGCUGCCCUGUUCCACCAUAGAUGACAUCUCAGUGGAGCAGAACCCUGCUGCCCUGUUCCACCAUAGAUGACAUCUAGGUGGAGCAGAACCCUGCUGCCCUGUUCCACCAUAGAUGACAUCUAGGUGGAGCAGAACCCUGCUGCCCUGUUCCACCAUAGAUGACAUCUAGGUGGAGAACCCAGUGGUUGUACUGCUUUGUUAUUUGACCAGAGUUUGAGUAUGACACCAAGGAAGAAAUGUAGUUGUUGAUUGUUUUCAUGUGAUCUGACCAUAGAGUUGAACAGAGAAUGUAUUUAUUGCUAUAGACUGCUUCUAUGUAGUUGUAGUUUUUAAGUGGUUCAAAUCAAGGUGUGUGUGUCUGCUUGACUGCUGUAUAUUGAGUCAGGUGUGUCUGCUUGACUGCUGUAGUUUUAAGUGGUUUAAGGUAUGAGUGCGUCUAAUUGCUUGAUUUUAAUAUCUCUACAAUACAUGGCUAUGAGAAUCUGGCAUGACCAUGAAAACUGAAUGACCUUGACACCAUGUUGUUACUGCAAGCAUGUUUCAGAUGGGAUUUUUUUUUUCUAUGUUUAUGCUUGAUAACUACGCUACCCUUGUCAAAGUAAAUUGUUUAUGCAACCAUAAAGUUUUGGUUUUCAAAUCUUUCCUCAA